CAGCCACUCCGAAGACUCCAGAAAUGUGAGGCUAUUAGCUGGGGCCUGCGGGAGCUGGGCAAGCAGCGCUUUGUGACUGGGGCCUCAGGGAUGUGGGGACACACUCUUCUGGUCCGAGAAUGUCAGGCUUACUGGGGUCCUGCUGACCUGGGCCCUGUGGGCAAGGGAAUGGCAGCAGGUGGCAGGGCCUGGAAGCUGAUAUUAAUCCUGCCAUCUGGCAGGCAGCUCUCCAAAUGAAGAUGGGCGGAAUGUGAGCGAGUGCCAGGAGUGCUCUGCGCCUCGGGCCUCGGCCAGGCUAAGAGAAGGGCCCCAGCAUGGGCUCAGGGACGAGCCUCUCUGCUCUCGCCCACAUCUCUUUUUAGCCAGGGGCCUCACCAGAACCUCCUGUCACAGCAAACUCAGACUUCAGUCCCUCAGGGAUGAGUCCACUUCUGAGGAGACCACUGGGGGGGAUUUCUCCCCUGUCCCCCAUCUCCCAGCACCUGGUUCUGGCUACAGGUUCUCAUGAAGUGAGUUCUUAGAGGCCUGGCUAAGCGAAGGGCAGCCCAGCCCAGGUCCUGAGGCCUGUGCUGCAGGGUGGAAACCUUCUCGUGUUCCCCAGCUGCAGGACAUCCUUCCUCCCCAAACAGCCAGGGAACAGGAACCGCGAAAGGCCAGUAAGUCCGAUAGCUCUGCCCUUCAGGGCCAGUGUCCCUCUGUGGCAUGGUGGGCACAUCCAGCCUGGACUACAGACCUCGCUGGAACACAGGCAGAGCAUGGGCAGGGGAGAUGGUAUGGCAACUGCCUGAAUGGGACAGGCACCCUGGAGCCCUACGUGAUAAUGGGAGGAAGUAUGUCACUCAUCACCCUGUGAUUAGGAGAGAUAGGAACACUUCCUGACUUGUCUCCCCGAGCCCCAAGGGUCACAGCUCUUCUACCAAAUGCAGAGGCAGUGGUGCUUCUGUGGCGCGGCAUCUCAUCUUGUCCAUCCCCCAGCUGCGGCCCACAGCUUGCCGGUGAAGAGCUCACGCUAGCACCACUGAGUUUCCAGAGACCCGUGUUCUGAAUGCCACAGAGGAAAUGGCAGAUUGUCACUCUCCAUCUCUGACUGGGGGCUGGCCUCCAAGGCUGUGGUAGUGCCCACCCACCCUCUCCAGCUGCCUCCUCUUUCUACAUGUCCCUGUUGUAGACAGUGCCGGCCUGGGAUGGAACUUGUCACUUUGCUCCAACAGCCUGGUAGGGGGAGCUGCUUCUUGGGAGGUCAUGUCAAAACAAAAAGAAUGUCAUUUUUAGAUGGACUGAACAUGGAUAAAAAUAGAUACCUUUGGGCUUAUAACCUUCAUUUGAAGCAAAACAUCCUUAUAAUUGACAUGGAAGAAAACUAUAUAUAGAAGCUACCUCUAGCCUAUAAAGUUAUAAAUUCUUACACACUUAGAAGCUGCUCAUACCUAACACGGAGAGGCCACUGUCUCCUACAUGUCCCAGCCAGUGCAAACACACACUCCACAUGGUGCUGCUCUCUAACCAAGGGCCAGAUCAUGCCAGCACACAAAUGCCCAAGAGAUUCUAAACAGGCUUGUUCCAUGCAACGGCCCGACAGGCUCCCUUCUCCUCCUGCUCCACUAAUCUGGUGGCAGGUAUUAGCGCUCCAGGCAGCCCCUGUCCCCACUCAACUCCAGGGAGGGCACAGCAGGGAACAGACCAGCCAGGCACAGCCCGUGACAGGUGAACCUCAGGCGGCCUCCUCCCCCUCUGGGCUGUUCCUCUUUAAUCCCCACUGAUAACCACCCACGCAGGCUGGGGUGUCUGGGAGGGCGCGUGCUGCAGGCGCAGCCCCUCCACCCCAUGCUUUAGAUUCUGGGCCUGCCCUGGCCCUUCAAAGAGCUCUCUGUGUGCCUGGGUCUGAAAUGAAAGCAGCCAAAGUCUCUCUAUGGUAGAGUCUCAGUGAGGUCCAACUAUUUUGUCCUUAGUUUCUACAGACAAAUGUCUGUUCAGUUUAUUUCCUCAAGGGAAGAGGGAACUCAGAACUGAGUUUCUCAACCAUGCUGUGUAGCAGGACCCUGGACCCAACUCUGCCAGCCCUGCUCCAGCCCCGGCACAGGACACUCUGCAGGGCUAGGGGAAGUGCCACCACAGCCUCCACACAAACCCGGCCAGCCCCGGGAGCCUGGAUGUCUACCAAGCCGGGUGAGAGGAGCUGAACGCUUGCUCCAGGAGCGCUGACCCAUCCAAGGGCCACCUCUCAUUUCUUAAAACCAGCUGUAAACAGAGAUAGGGAGGGGCUGCUGUGGCUGCCAAGGGAGGCAGAAACUUUGUGAGUAAUUUAUUAGAAGAAAACAAGCAGUGGCCUCCACGGGCACGAGCGUGUGGCAGGCCCUCACACACACACACCCGCAGGCCCACGCCACCUGGCCACUGAGGAGGCGGCAGUGGGGCUUCCAGAGACAUAACAGGUCCUUCUGGUUUGCAGUAGCUGCCUCGGCCUUGCCAUGCUGCGUGCCGCCGGUGUCUGGAAUCCACGCCACCAAGGAAUGCGGGACACGAGAUAAAGAGACGCAGAGCCUGGUGAGGCUGCCAUGUGGAGCUGCGGCCUGCUCAAUGGCACGGGUCAGGGCGAGGAGCAGCUGUGCCAGGAUCUGCGCCUAGGGCUGUGGGUCCUCUCGCUGCUCCAUCUGGUGGCGGGUGUCCCCGUUGGCCUGGGCUACAAUGCCCUGCUGGUGCUGGCCAACCUGAGCAACAAGAGCAGCAUGACCAUGCCGGACGUGUACUUCGUGAACAUGGCUGUUGCGGGCCUGGUGCUCACGGCCCUGGCCCCCGUGCACCUGCUGGGUUCCCCCUACUCCAGGUGGGCACUGUGGAGCCUCAGCAGUGAGGCCCACGUGACUCUGCUGAUCCUGUUCAAUGUGGCCUCCCUGGUAACCAUGUACUCCACUGCCCUGCUCAGCCUCGAUUACUACAUUGAGCGGGCCCUGCCGCGCACCUACAUGGCCAGCGUCUACAACACGCGGCACGUGUGUGGCUUUGUCUGGGGUGGGGCACUGCUGACCAGCUUCUCCUCCCUGCUCUUCUACAUCUGCAGCCAUGUGUCCUCCCGGAUCACGGAGUGUGCUAAGAUGCAGAACACAGAGGCUGCAGAUACCCUCCUGGUGCUCAUUGGCUACAUAGUGCCGGGCCUGGCUGUGCUGUAUGCACUGGUGCUCAUCUCACGGAUCCGGAAGGAAGACACGCCUCUGGACCAGGAAGCAGGCAGGUUGGACCCCUCCGUGCACAGGCUUCUGGUAGCCACUGUGUGCACGCAGUUUGGGCUCUGGACGCCAUACUAUCUGAGCCUCCUGGGGCACAUGGUACUGGUCUCACGAGGGAGGCCUGUGGAUGGGCACUACCUGGGGAUCCUGCACUUUGCUAAGGAUUUAUCCAAAUUCUUGGCCUUCGUGAGCAGCUCGGUGACACCACUUCUCUACCGCUACAUCAACAAAAACUUUCCCACCAAACUCCGGCGGCUGAUAAAGAAAAUGCACUGUGGGCAGCGGCGCUGCUCGCUGGACCCCGCAGGAGUACAGCAGGUGAUGGCGCAGGCCUAGGAAGAGGGUACCCCAGGCCCAGUCCUGGGGCCCAGAGCCAGCCACGGACACUUGGGAGGCUCCACUUCCUCCCUCCCUGCUCUCUCAGCCUGGGAGAUGAGCUGCUCAGAGGAAACUGAAGUUCAACUGAAUGCACAGCACUUUGUUACCUGGAAUGCCGGGCACUUUCUUCCCCAGAAAGAGAUGCACUAACGCAGGAAUGGCACAGGGGGUUUUUCUCAAAAAGACCAACCCUGGGCCAAGGCCAUGCUGUGGAAAGCAACAGGGGCCCUGUGUGAAGAACAGGCGCCUCUCAGCUAACUUCUUGGCCUUCCGACCUUGUGCACCUGUCCUGAAGAUGCAGGUCAUGUCCUCACUCAGCUGACCUGCAGCCUUGACAUCGGGCUUUUCUCAAAUGUGAUGAGAACCCGAAGGCAGGGUUCACACACCUCCCUUUUUAUAUAAAAAGAUGUUUCAUAGAAAAUGCCAAGUUAUCAAGAAGAAGGAAACAAUGCAAGGAAAUGCAGACACUCGGCACAAGGACGGCACUCAGGACGCCUGCCAGGCACACUGAGGCUGCGCAGGAGUCACUGAAGGUGUCAGAUGUGGCUGGUUUGAACAGGGACAAGUCAGGAGGGCUGGGCUGCCUGAUGCCCCUGCCCCCACCGAUAACAGCAGCUUAGUGUUUUCAGGAUAGAUCUGUCCUUCCAAUCAACUCCCCAAAGUGUGCACAAAAUGAAAUAUAAACUGAAGGAAGAAAACACUAUUAGGAUUUCUCACAACAGCAAAGCUGACGGGCCUUCCUGAGGCAGAGAUCUGGGCACCAGUAGAAAUGCCAGCAAGGCACAGAAGGGCAUGAAGCUGGGCUCCCCACAGUGAUCAGAGACUGUAAAGUGGCCCUGAUUAGUCUGCUUCGGGCAGAGCUGCACAGGAAUGUCAGCCAUGGGGCAAUGCAGGUGAGGCGUCCGCCCCCCCAGGCCAAGCCUAGAGGUGUCUGCAGCCCGGCCAGUCACGCGCCGUCAACCUCAGUGGACCUUUUGUCUUCAUACUUACUAGACAUCUACUUUAAAACGUGGGUGUGGGAAGAACCUCCACUGCAUCCUCCAUGUGCCCCGAUUCCAGUUCUCUAGGCUGCAAUUACAGGCCCACGGCCACCUAAUCCCCAAAUCUAAAACCCAGGAGGCUCUGCAAACAGGACAGUUUCCCUCAGGUGAUUCCUUGUAGGGGUGCAGGGUGGUGGAGCUGUCCUGACCACCCCUACUUCUGUAGAAACACUGGCAUGAUGUGGGGUGCUGUGCUAGCCCCUGCAUUCUCUCUGUCCACCUGGGAACACCUGCCCAAAGGCCAUAGCGCCGGGCUGUACUGCAUGGCCUUCGUGCGUGGGCCUCAAGCGCCUGCUCUGGUCUGAAGGGAAAUUCAGCUGAGAGGUAGCUGCUUACUUUUAUUUAUUACACACAAAGUACAUCUCCUCAAAUUGGGACCUGCUCGAGUUAGUUUGCCUUGUGAAGAAUCACGGAAAGGGCUGGGGUGGUAGCUCAGUGGUAGAGCACCCACCCAGCGUGUGUGAGGCCCUGGGUUCGGUCCUCAGCACCCCAUUAAAUAAAUAAACAAACAAACAAAUAAAUAAAUAAAUGGCAUUGUGUCCAAUUACAACUAAAAAUAAAUAUUAAAAAAAAAAAAAGAAUCAUGGAAAUACACUGGAUGCUCAGCUUUGUCUGCCCCCAGUGGCUGUGAGGUGCUUGGUGAGCUCUGAGGGCCUAGUUCCUUAUUCAUAAACCUCAAGGCUGAAGUGGAGGACACUUGUCUGUGUUGCUUCUAACUGAAAUUUUCAUUUUAAGGUAUGCUGGGGUCUCGGUCAAGCCUUCAAGGCCACAAGCCUAACUGUCCCUCCCUUCUUGGGCACAGCAGUCAGCACUCCAUCCCUUCCCAGCCUGACUCACCACCCAGACCCAACCCUCCACUGACCUUGACGUUUGCUGAAGAAAUGACCCUAACCCAAUAGAUACUUGCCUGGCCUGACCUGCAGGUGGGGCUCUGGCCACUGUGGAAAUGUCUGACUUGGGAUGAGUAGACUCAGGGCCCAAGGUCAAGCUAAGGACAGCCUGCUCCAGGUAGCUGGAGAAACAGGAUCCAGAUGGAGAGGGCUCCUGGUGAGGUGGUGUCCUGGUGUAAGAGACCCUCUUCCUUGCUUAUGCUUUCUAUACCUGCCAAGGGGCAGACCCCCACUCAGCACAGACCUGAAGAGGCAGAGCCUCUGCCCACUUGGACUUCCUCCAUCCAACUGCUCUUCCCCAAAGCAGGGAGGGACCCCAAAUCACAUUUUUUUCUUUCCAAUUUAUCAGUGGCUUUGGGUGCAAAGUGGCCAAGUUCUGGGGGGUGUAGAGGACCCUGGGCCCCACGACUGGCAUCAAUUUCAGCCACACCCACCCUGCUGAGAUGGAUCCAGUGAACAUCCAGCAGCCAAGUCAGAUCUCUUGGCAGAGGUACACAUAGGGCAAGGGACACCCACAGACUGAGCCCCUUCACGGGGUGAUAUCUCCUCUACCCAACCCCCGCUCUGGCCUUAGCCCCUGCUCCUUUGCUGCCUCCUACUCUCCCGCCUGGCCCCAGCCUCCGUGGCUAACGCCAGAGUGCUGCUCGGCCCACUUUUCCACAGGUACCUACUCAUCUGUGCUCCUGUGCUGAAAUUCAUUCUGGAGGAGCCAGAGGGGCCUUAGGUCUCUCUGACUCCCAGCAUGUUAGAUUUCCAAUUCCGCCAUGUUGCCAAAAAAAAAAAAAAAAGGAAGCGAAAGGAAUUUGAGCUACUCAGAGGAGAAUAAGGAGCUAGGUGAAAAAAGCCAAGGUGGAUUAUGAGCUCAGUCCUCUAUUUCCUCAUGAAUCUGAAGACACCAGGACAUGGGGUUUUCAAAAUUAUAUUUGAGGGCCAUUAACUUAGCCAUCAACAUUUAUUGACAUUAUAAUUUAAAAUUAAUUAUCUUAAUUAUUUAAUUAUUAAUUUAUCAAACCACAAGGCCUGCCAUGUUUUAUUACUUAGGGUACCAAAAAGUGAGUUUAAUCUUGGAUUUCCAUCACAAAGGUUAUGCAAUGCAUUACAGGAAACUGGACCUAUUGCUAAUUGUGGCAGAUACAUCAAGAAGACAACAAACACUUGUUCUUUCAUAAAAAGCACUUGGUAAAAAAUAAACCAGGAGUAAAUUAAGAAGUUAA